AUGAUGAAGACCUUUCCAUUGAAUUCACGGAGUAAGACCACUGCAUUGAAACAGCCCAAGGAGCUUUAUUCAUUUUCAAGAGAUAUUGACGGAGAAUGGCAAUACGAUGAGGAAGUGCUGAAAAAGGAAGCAUUACCAUAUUAUUAUUUACCAGAUAAUUCAAUUGAUUCACAGAUUGAUUUAGGAGCAGGGUAUUCAAAAUUCAAGAAGAUACCUGCAGAACAGAAUGUAGCUGAUUUUGGAGCUUUAUUAAAAUCAAUAAUUCAAUAUGAAAAAAAUCAACAAGAAAAGCUUAAAUCAAUUGAUAUAAUAACCUUUCGAGGAAUAUUAACGAAAUUAUUAACUUUACCAUAUAAUUUAAAAGAUGGAUUUGAAUUUUAUAUAAGUGGAUAUGAUGGACAAUUAUUUAUGAAGAAUAAUGAUGAAUUUGAUUUUCAAAAACCAACAUCAAAAGAUGAAUAUGCAGAAAGAUGUGAAUAUAGUGGAUAUAAGUUUGAAGCCAUAAGUACAUUACCUAAGCCAUGGUCUGAAUGUAGUAGAUCCACCAUAGAUAAAAGAAGUAAGAAAGUUGUUAAUAAUUAUGAACAGUAUAUUAGUGUUGUUUCAAGUGGAGUUGGACAAACGGGGAUUUUGUUAGCAGGAGAAGUGGAUUGUGUUUAUGAUUAUAUACCAGGAAACUCAAAGAAUAUAAGUGGACAUUAUGUCGAAUUGAAAACAAGUAAAGUAAUUGAACAUAAUGGACAAGUUGUUAAUUUUGAAAAAAAAUUAUUUAAAACAUGGGCACAAAGUUUUUUAAUUGGAAUUCGUAAGAUCAUAUAUGGAUUUAGAGAUGAAAAUUUAAUAUUGAGAAGUGUUGAGGUAUUUAAAACUGAUGAAAUACCAAUUUUAAUGAAAGAGAAUCCAAUUAAUCAGACCAAUCCUAAUAAGAUUGUUUUCAUAAAUGCAAUCAAGUGGUAUGGUGCAGUGAUUGAAUGGAUCAAUAAUGAAAUCGAUCAUAAUGAUGAGUCUAAAAGUUAUAAGUUAAGUUAUGAUCCUGGUUCCAGAAGUCUAUCAUUGAUAGAGGUUGAUUAUGAAACCAACAAGAAAUUACGUAAUGGUGAUUUACUUACACAAGAGUUCAAAGCCUGGAGAGAGCUGAUCAAGAGCUGA